AUGCGUUCAUCUCAGAGAAAAUACCGCUCACCAGCUGUCUCUCGACAUCCUCCUAUCACACCAGGGGCUUCAGGAUCGAAAACCCGCAAUGCAGCUCGGGAGCCCAGCCGCUCAUCAGCAGCCCCAAGGAGCUCGUUUCCACGGCCAUCAUCGUCGUCAUCGCGACAAAUGCGUACAACUUAUCAGACAACAGAUACUCCAAAUGAGGCAGAGCAAUAUGAUUGUGAUGAGGAUGACUUGGGUCAUGUCAUUGCUGCCAUUGACAUGAAGGAUUACGGGACAGUGGGAUGCGCUUACUACUCUGCAGAAGAUGAGAAGCUUUACCUGCUUGGAGAUAGUCGCUCCGGAGGAAUGGAAGCGAUUGAUGCUUUGAUCCUUCAAAUCAAACCUACAAUCAUCCUGACACCUUCCCGAGUCGAGAUCCCCAUUGCGCGAGGCCGAGAGCAGAGUUUGGCACAAGACAGUGACACUUUGUCCUAUCUGCCCUAUCAGGUAGACGUUCGACCAACGCAAGAAUUCAGCUUCUCGAACGCCCAAAACAGUUUGGUCGCCCUAGACAUGUCAUCUUCUCACGAAGAACGCAUCCGUUUUUUCGUCCCCAGUACUGGCAUUGACGGCCCAGAGGAGAUUAGUGCUGAAGAUAUGGGGUUCUCACUCAGCGAGGGAAGACUUCUACACAUAUCGAGCUCCGUUGACAUGGAGAACCCAGUGUCCAUCGGUUGUGCGGGGGCUGUUCUUACCCACUUGCAAAGGCGUCGAGCCACGGAAACAAGUAUAGGACCGAUGGAUGACUGUCCAUUCAAAGUUCGAUACUUGGAGAUGUUCAGUUUACGGGAUUCAAUGUGGAUCAGUACCAAUACCUUCAUGUCACUUCAGAUCAUACAAUCCGAGUCCCAUCCAAACAUGUUCAACCAGGGUCCCGGCACAAAAUCUGCUUCGGGCAAAGAGGGCCUCUCGGUAUAUGGCCUGUUCAACCGGUUCGCAUACACCCCUCAAGGCAAAGCGAAGCUCAAACAAAUCUUCUUCCGCCCAAGUCUGGACAUCGCGUCCAUCCGACAACGACAUGACUUUAUCGGGGUCUUCUCACGGCCAGAUAAUAUGGCUGCUCUGGAGAAAAUUACGAAGGGCUUGAAACACAUCAAGAAUCUUCGGCCAGUGAUGAUCAACUUGCGAAAGGGAAUCAGUACUGGGAGUGCGAAGAUGACUGGUUUCAAAGCUACCGUGUGGGCAAGCUUGCUAGCUUUUGCAUUCUACUCGAUUGACAUCCACGAUGCUCUGCGGGAGGUCUCGGGUGCGAACAUCCUGCCAUUGCGGGCAAAGGCCCUCCGAGUAUUCGAGGCAGCACAACUUUAUCGUGUGGGGCGGAUGAUCCAAGAGAUAGUGGACAUUGACAACUCAGAAGAACAAGGCAGAACAGUUGUCAAGCAGGGUCUUGACCGCGAGCUUGAUAGAAUGAAAGAUCGAUAUGACGGUCUGAACAGUCUUCUCAAACACGUCGCCAUCGAUAUUGCAACCACAAUUCCAGAACAGCUGGACAUCGAUGUGAAUGUUAUCUACUUCCCGCAACUAGGAUUCAACAUCGCCAUCCCACUUAAUGACCGGGGUCAAGCAGCCUACUCUGGUUCUGGUGAGGACUGGGAGUUGGUUUUCAUCACGGAGACCCGAGCUUAUUUCAAAGACUUUCGCAUGCGGGAAUUGGAUGAAAAUCUGGGCGAUAUUUAUGGGCUUAUAUGCGAGAAGGAAAUCGAGGUUGUAUACGACAUGGCUCAGAGGAUUCUGCAAUAUGAGGCCGUGCUCGUGGAGGCGUCCGAUAUCUGCGGAGAACUCGACAGCCUCCUUGCCUUAACACAAGCAGCCAGCUUUUACAAGCUGAGCCGACCACGGAUGGUAUCCGAGAAGGCCAUCAGAAUCAAAGGAGGCCGUCACAUACUACAAGAGUUGACUGUAUCUUCUUAUGUUCCAAACAAUGCUUUGCUCAUGGGUGGGCGUCAAGACCCGGUGGACACUUCAACUUUAUCGCCACAGGCCCCCAGCAUGCUGUUACUGACCGGUCCAAAUUACUCCGGCAAAAGUGUCUACAUGAAGCAGGUCGCCCUCAUUGUCUAUCUGGCGCAAAUCGGGAGCUUUGUCCCUGCAGAGAGUGCAGAGUUGGGGAUUACUGACAAGAUCUUGACAAAAAUCAACACCCAGGAAAGUGUGUCAAAAAUACAAAGCACCUUCAUGAGCGAUCUGCAGCAAAUUUCUCUUUGCUUGAAACAAGUGACAGACCGGAGCUUGGUGCUUAUCGAUGAGUUUGGGAAAGGAACGAAUGAGAGUGACGGCAUUGGACUUGCUUGCGGGGUCCUCGAGCAUCUGUUGAAUCUCGAAGACCCUCCAAAGGUGAUCGCAGCCACACAUUUCCACGAGAUUUUCGAAAACGAUUUUCUCCCACCCCGGCCUGGACUUCAACUGGGUCAUAUGGAGGUGAAAGUCUGCGAGGAAUCACAACAGGUGGAAGAUCAAGUCACGUAUCUCUACAACUUUCGCCUUGGCCGAAGCAAUAAGAGUUACGGCACUAUUUGUGCUGCAAUCAAUGGCAUUGAUGCGGCUAUCGUUGCCCGUGCAAACGAGAUUGCAUUGCUUGCAGCCCGUGGUGAGAACGUGAUUGCUGCAUGCGCGGUAUUGUCUCCCGAAGAGACUCAGAACCUCCAAGAAGCGGAUCUUCUAGCGAGGAAUUUCCUGAAACUCGACCUCCCGAAAGAUGACGAUGACUCGGGACAGGAUAUUAAGGCAGCUCUCGCGGCGGUAGUUACGACACCGGCGUGA